UGCCACUUAGCGAGAUCAUUCUCGACUUCCACGACCGCCUCAAGUCCAUGAGCUCCGGCUAUGCGAGCUUCACCUACGAGGAUCACGGCUACCAUCCAUCCAACCUGGUGCGACUGGACAUCCACUUGAACGGCAAGCCAGUGGAGGAGCUGUGCCGGAUAGUCCAUGUCUCCAAGGCCACGGGCGUGGCCCGCCAGAUGGUCCUGAAGCUGAAGGAUCUCAUACCGAAGCAGAUGGUCCAGAUCGCGAUUCAGGCGUGUGUGGGCAGCAAGGUCCUGGCCCGGGAGACGAUCAAGGCGUAUCGGAAGGAUGUUACGGCCAAAUUGUACGGCGGAGAUGUGACCCGAAGGAUGAAGCUGCUGAAGCAGCAGGCGGAGGGCAAGAAGAAGAUGCGUAUGUUCGCCAACAUUCGGGUGCCGCACGAGACCUUCAUCAAUGUCCUGAAGCGCUAGACCGGAUAAUGGGGCAGAGGAGCGCCACUAACCUACAUCCUUACUGGUGCGUGAUAUGUUCAAGGAUAUCCAGCAGCCGAUGUGAUAAACAAAAAAAAACAAACAAAAUACAAGACAUGAUCGGUGGUCAGCAGGCAGCAGCGCAGGUGACGCCAGCAGGUGCUGCAAUUAAAUUGCACUUUGCCUGCAACAAAACCAACAAUAACAACAACAACAACAUUGUUAAUAAUAAUAAUAACAACACUAAUAAUAAUAAUAAUAAUAGCAACAAAAACAACAACAACAUGUACGCUGGCCUUAAAACAGUAGUAGAGCACAAAAUGAACAUCAAAAAUAGCAACAACAAUAGCAACAUCAACAACGCCAACAACAACAACAACAACAACAAUGGCGAACAAUCAACAUCAGUUUCGCUUGGAACCUGGACCUCAACUGCAUCCCCACUGGGCGCCAUCCGGGCAGUGACCAUCAAGGCAACUGCCAAAGGAAUCGGCUCUGCAGCGCAGACUUUAAAGGGUUUCCCAUCAAGAUCGGGCGCUAUGCUGGGAGUUAAUCGAGGUAGCACUGUGGGUAUUGUGACCGGAUUACCAGCAGCGAUUUCCGUAGGUGCCAGGGGCCUACGGUUGCUGCCAGCCCCAAUUCCUCUCGCCAAGGGGAAGCCAUCAACAACUUUGGUGGCGGGAGGAGGAGAUAGUGCAGUUGCCAUAAUGUCGGUGGAGAAAGCAGGCGAAGCACCUGCUCCAACCAAAAGUGCCUUAGUCACCACUUUCAGCAGUCAGCCAUCAGCCGGAGCCCAACAGCAGCCAACCCAGCGCACUGAGGACCAAGAAAAUGCCUUUCGACGCAUCGAGGAUGUGCACAACUAUGCCAAGUUGCAGGACUACAGCAGCGAAGACUAUGACGUCGAGGACGAGGAGGAAGAGGAGGAGGAAGAGGAGCUGGACGAGGAGGAAGAGGAGGAGGACGACGACGACGAUGAGGCGGCGGUGGCUGGAGUUAAGAUUCAGGUCCAGGCGCUGCCUCACACGAAGCCGGAAGUCACACGCAUCCGACGCGAAGACACCGAGGAGCAUGUCGAUGUGGAUGUGGUAACAGUGCCGCAGCCAGAGCAGGAAUCCGAUCAGGAGAAGCAUCACAAGGAAGCUGUGGAAAUCAUUCAGCCCGAGCACCAUGCCCGCCGUCCCAUGAACGCGUUCCUCAUAUUCUGCAAGCGACAUCGCGCGAUCGUCAAGGAGCGCUAUAAGACUCUGGAGAAUCGAGCCAUUACUAAGAUCCUGGGCGACUGGUGGGCCGCUCUGGACGAGCAAGAGAAGCACUGUUUCACCGACUUGGCGCAGCAGAACAAGGACGCCUUCUUUAAUGCCAAUCCCAACUUCAAGUGGUACAAAUUACCCGCUCCGCCCCUAAGAACACUUGCAACCCGUCCCAGUAAUGCAGCUGCGGGCGGAGUUGGUCCUUCUGGCGAUGAUAAUCAGCCCCAGCCGCCGCAUCCCACUCAGUUGCAAUUGCAGAAGAUACCAUUGGACCUGUUGCGCAACAACUACUUCAAGCUGGCUGACGAAACGCAGAUGGGUGAGCUGAGUUCGCUGCUCCAGGUGCAGGUCCAGGAGAAGGACUACGCCCUGCAACAGGUCCUCAGCGAGACCAGCCAAUUUCUAUCCGCCCACAUGCCAGGCGCCACUGGCAAUCAGCCUGCCUCAGCUGGCCUCAAGCGAUCGUUCGACAGCCAGUCUAGCAAUUCCAGCGAGGAGGAGGGAGCGACCGGUUCGCCAAACAAAAAAGCCAAAUCAUCACGCUCGUGCAAGGGCAAGAUCUACCAGGAGCUGGUCAACUCCGGCCAGCUGGCGGCCAUCAACAAGAAGGGCAAGAACAGGAAUCCGACAGUGUCGGGAAACUUUACGGAUACAUCAUUGGACGCAGCACCGAAUACGCCACCCAUUUCGCCGCCAGAACGGCCGCAGAGCAGCCGACAUCAGCGCAGCGUGUCCGAGUCGAGUAGCAGUGGCUUCUUCAAUCUGGAGGAAAGGAUCAAGGAGCUGCCGGCUCUCAGUUUGGACGCAUAUUUGCAGCGCAAGCGCAGUACCAAAAAGAAGAAGAAGUUCAGCGGCAGCAGGAAACAGAGAAGCAUCAGCUCGAGUGGAGCAAGAGCGGGACACUCUGAUCCCGCGGUGGGUGCUGGUGAUCUGGAGAGGAUCAAGCAGCAGCAGCUGCAGCAACAACAAUUGUUGCAGAAACAGCAGCAGCGACAGCAGGCAGCCGCCGUGGGCAGUCAGAGACGCAAGGCACGGAAGGAGAGCAUCACACGCCGGGACGUGAGUGCCAUUGAGCAGGAGGUGGCCUCCAUUCUGCCGUUAACGAUCAACGGGUGCUACUACUUUAACGAGAGCCCCGUCCCCAAGGCGACCAGUGGCCCCGUAUCUAUUGUGGCAUCCAACUCCUCGUCGCCGCUCUCCUCAAACUCCUCCUCCUUUUCCUCGCCGAACUUGGAAGAGACCUCCUCUACCUCAGAUCUACUCAUUCUGGCCGAAGUGGCCGCCAAUCGCACUGAGCUGACCAAGUCCAACUAGCGACAGCAGCACUACUAACAACAAAAGCAGGAUCAGAAGCAGACGCAGAACCAGCAGCAGCAGCAGCAGAAGUAGUAGAAAGCCCGCCAUCAGCACCGGCGUCAACAAUUUUCAUUUUUUAUGCAAACUUUUAGAUUUUUUUUUCGUUAUGUCUUAACUGAAGACUUGCCUUUUGAGGUGUUCCUUUUAUUUUUUACCCCUAAUACGUAACAGACUAUCUUAGAGUCAAGCAGGAAUAUUCAUUUUAAACAUUACUUUAUUUUAUUUUUUAUCAGAAGCAGAGAAACCUUAAUUUAAAAAUUACAAAAAAAAAACCUAGUGAGUAAGAUGUCCUUGUGCGAGGAACACUUAAUUUGAAACGCUGGUGCUGGCGGUGCGUCAAAGAUAUGAUGGAGAAACAGACAUUCGUUGAUCUAUUACAAUUUAGUCAAUAAUAUUAUAUGAAAGAAGGAAGGAAAGAAGAUAAGAGAAGAGAAUAGAAGAGAAGAGCCAAGGCCGCCGGUAAGGAAAUGUCAAAAGGAGAGACGGCAGCAAAAUAUGUAUUUUUGUUAUGAUGUGGGCAAGAACCCCUUCAAUUUCAUACACGCAUACUGUCUUUAUAUAUAUAUAUACAUAUAUAUUUAGAUAACUUGUUCUGUUUAUUUUUUUUUUUGUUAAGUUUCUCCUUUCAUCGCGUUCGAAGCCAAAAAACGGGCAUAAAAUCCAACAACGAUAGCAACAAAAGUCGAACGCUCAUUAACUGUUAAUUAUUAUUUCUAAUAUUUAGAUAUAAUUUAUUGCAACACUUGUCAAUGGCAAAAUUGCAACACAAAUAUAUUCAAUGUAAUGUAA